UAUGGCAGCCUCCUGAAUCUCUUCUCUUCUCAAACCGCCAUUAAAGGACAUAUAAGCUCGCAAAGCUCAGCAGUAAACCUCAGUUGCAGUGGAUAACAAUGGAGUCCGCUAUGCUUCGUUCCUGUUCCUCGCCUGUGCUCGUUGAAGCGACGAAGAGAAGGGACGUUCCCUCCGCUCCUUCCGCCAUCACCUGCUCGUCCAAGAGCCACGAGUACAUCCCCAAGCUCGAGCCUUUCAGCAGGACCAAGUUCGAGCGCGGCGUCAAGGAGCCCCCCUUGAUCAAAAAAUGCGAGAACGAGCUCGCCGAUUACUGCUCGACGCUCGAAGGAGAUCGAUCGUACAGCUGUUGGAGAGCCUACUUCGAGCUGAAGGAUCUCGAAAAGGAUUUCCCGAAAGAGGACUUGGAGAAGCUGAUCAUACAGGCCGGAGGGGUCAAGUCAUUGAUCGGGUGCUUACAUGGGAUAUCGGCGAUCCACAAAGCGAAGAAGAAUGGACUUGCCCUCGUGAAGCCGUUGGAUUACGAGGACAGUAGCAGGAGGAGCUGCCCGAUACCCGACGGUUUACCGAAGUCCCCUGAGGAGAUGGAGGAAGAAGAGAAGAGCAGAUUGCCCGACUCGCCCUUCACGCGGCUGCUCAGAAGCAAGGGAAGGUACCCUGCUUGGUACUCGCCUGCUCCGGAUCACGAGACUGAUUGAGUGAUCGACAUUACUAUAUUUCCGAUAGUUUGAUACAGGGUGCUUAAAAAUGUACAUACGGAUGGAUCUUUAGAAGAUUGUGGUUGUGAGAAGAUGUUUCUUAUGCUAGAUGAUCUUCGGAUCGGUGGUGUGUUAAUCGAUCUCUAGUAUUGUAAGAUAAGAGUCUGCGAUUCGCGUGUAAUUAGCAACCAUUUUUCAGUUGUCCUGUGAGAUGAACUUUUGCUUUUGCACCUCUUCAUCUGUGUAUUAUAUUCCUCCUUUAUUGCAUUGAGAAUGAUGGAGCAAUCCUAUGUACCAGCAUUAAGAACGUGUUCUGCAGAAGGAAGAAAGAAUAAAUUGCGAGUACUCUCA